AUGCCUGUCCCUUCAUUGCCCCUAUUCGUUGCGGCGCGGCAGAUUGCCAUAGAUGAUCCUGAGAAUAUCGCAAUCAUUGAUGUCUCCAAGAAUCAAUCUUUCACAUUCACCCAACUUCUCGAAGAUGCCGCUAUACUGAGGAAACGCAUCAUAGAGACCCUUGGGACGACGUCAUUGGGAGACCUGGAGGAGCAGCGAGUGGCCUUUCUGUGUCCGGCCGGAUAUGACUACGUCGCCACGAGUUGGGCUGUCUGGGCGGCUGGCGGGGUGUGUGUGCCACUUUGUACAUCCCAUCCGGUCAAGGAGCUCUUGUAUACUCUUCACGAUUCAGAUCCAUCUCUGAUCAUCAUCCACCCGACCUUUGAGAAGAUCGCAUCAAAAUUACGUGAGGCAUUAUCUUCUCCAGUUCCAUUCAUGGGACUCGACCCAUUGACCCAGAAUGAGAAUGCCUCAUUGCCGUCUUUCACGCCACCUUUCCCACUUGAACGGCGAGCCUUGAUAAUCUACACCAGUGGAACAACCUCGAAUCCCAAAGGCUGCGUGACAACCCACGAGAACAUCACCUUCCAGGCCAGUUGCCUCGUCAAGGCUUGGGAUUAUCGGUCUAGUGAUCAUCUCAUCCAUGUCCUGCCGCUGCACCACGUGCAUGGUAUCAUUAAUGGACUCACAGCCAGUCUGCUCAGCGGGACGACAGUGGAGAUGCACCUCAAAUUCGAGCCAAAGGCCAUCUGGGAGCGUUGGCAAAAUGGCGGGACGUCGACUAUGUUCAUGGCUGUCCCCACAAUCUAUUCCCGACUUAACGAUUACUUCGAUACCCACAUUCGAGGAACAGAGAACGAACAAGCCGCGCGUGCCGGCGCACGGGCUCUCAGAUUGGUCGUCAGCGGAUCGGCAGCCCUACCGACGCCAAUAAAAGCCAAAUUUGAGGACAUCACCGGCCAGGUUCUCCUCGAGCGGUACGGAAUGACGGAAAUCGGGAUGGCGAUCAGCUGCGGCCUGGAUCUUGAUAAACGGAUUGACGGUAGCGUAGGCUGGCCAUUACCCGGAGUGCAGGUCCGACUGACGGACAAGGAGACCGGGCAAAUCAUCGAUGGAGUCAAUGAAGAUGGCAUGAUUGAAGUCAAAGGGAAGAAUGUUUUCCGAGAAUACUGGAGGAAACCGACAGCGACCGCCGCCGAAUUCACAGAGGACGGAUGGUUCAAGACCGGCGAUUGUGCUUUGCGCGACUCGAGCGGCGCAUACUAUAUUCAAGGCCGUGCCAGUGUAGAUAUUAUCAAGUCCGGAGGCUACAAGGUUUCCGCCUUGCAGGUUGAGCGAGCGAUGCUCGCAUUGAAUCAGAUUCAAGAGGUGGCGGUUGUGGGGUUGAAAGAUCAGGAAUGGGGGGAGCGAGUGGCGGCGAUCGUCAAGUUUCGUGAAGGCGCCGAAAUGGACCUACCAUCCAUCCGCGCAGAGCUCAAGAAAGAGCUAGCGGCUUAUAAAGUGCCCACGGUUCUGAAAUGUGUGGACACGAUUGCGCGCAACGCCAUGGGCAAGGUCAACAAGAAAGCACUAGUGCAGGAAUACUGGCCGGCUCAAGCUUGA